AUGAUUCACCUGAACUGGGGCUGUCUACUUACAUUGCUGCAUUUAGUGGUGGCCAAUCCAGUGAGUGACGAUAUGUUGCUUACCCAAGAGCAACGUGAAUAUUUGGAGGGAAGCACCAAGAAUCCACACGCUAAGAAUGUAAUGCUUUGGUCACAGUAUUAUUGGAAGAAUUCCAUCUUCGUCUAUAGCUUCGGCGAGGGUCUGAGCACCAGUGAUAAGAAGACCAUAAUCCAGGCCAUGUCUAGCAUAACCAGACAAACGUCUUGUGUACGUUUUCGUCAAACAAGAAAUCGCCAAGAGCCUCAAGUCAUUAUUCAGCGCAAGGAUUCGGGCUGUUGGUCCUAUGUUGGAUUUUUGAAUAGGAUGGAGCAACCUUUAAAUUUGGGUAGCGGUUGUAUGUCAAUCGGUACAAUUCAGCAUGAACUUCUUCAUGCUUUAGCCAUUGUCCACAUGCAUAAUGAUCCUCUUCGCGAUAAGUUUGUCAAAAUUCUUUAUGAAAACAUUCAAGAUGAUAUGAUAAAUAAUUUUCGUAUCUAUGAUUCAAAGGAUGUCGCCGAUCUCGGCUAUGGCUAUGACUAUCGAAGCAUAAUGCAUUAUGGUUCAUAUGAUUUUUCGAAGAACUCCAAACGCACUAUUAUACCUUUGCAGAAUGUUCAAAUUGGUCAACGUUCGGGCCUAAGUCCAAAGGACAUACUUAAGUUAAAGCACAUUUAUUGUACCUAA